AUUACAAUCUCAAGAAAGAUCUAGCUCCCAUAAUCACAACUGGCUUAAGCAAAACUCCAAAAUUAAGCCACUAAUCUCUCCCAAGUACCCACAAAAUUUUCUUGUUUUAGCUUCUCCAUUUCUUUCUCUUCAGGGCCACCAGUGACAAGUCAGUCCACCACCACCACCACCACCACCAAACAGGCAGCUCUCUCUAGUCCUCUCUUCUUCCACUCCGCUCUCCCCACUCCGCACGCACGCUCAUCGGAUUCGGCCGCGCGCUGGCGAGAUCCGGGCGGCCGCAGCACUGUCCGUAGGACGCUGCAGCCGCCGCAAGCCGCGUUCUUGUUGCUGCGGGAGCUGCAUUGGCGCCCGUAGCGGCCGUUCCGGCGUUUCUUGGCGGGUUGCAGCGGCGGGACGAGCUCGUGUCCGGGAUCCGCCAGAUCCGAACUCGCCGCCGGCGGCAGCGGAGGUUGGGACCGCCAUGGAGGCCGACGCGCCGCUUGACUUCGCGCUCUUCCAGCUCUCCCCCCGGCGCCAGAGGUGCGAGCUGGUGGUGUCCGGCAAUGGGCGGACGGAGAAGAUCGCGUCGGGGUCGGUGAAGCCGUUCGUGGCGCACCUGCGGGUUGCGGAGGAGCAGGCGGCGGCGCAGCCACCGCCACCGGCCAUCCGGCUGCAGCUGGAGCGGCGUGCCGCGUGGUUCAGCAAGGGCACCCUCGAGAGAUUCGUGCGCUUCGUGAGUACGCCGGAAGUGCUGGAGAUUGCGAACAACUUUGAUUUGGAGAUGUCGCAGCUGGAAGGGGCCAGGAAGAUUUACGCGCAGGGGGGUGCUGGAGAUGCUACCUCGGGUGGAGCUGCUGAAAAUGUCUCAGCCUCAGCAGCAGCUGCAGAUAUUACAAAGAAAGAGCUUCUUAGGGCGAUUGAUGUGCGUCUAAGUUCUCUUAAACAAGAUUUGGCCACAGCUUGUUCUCGGGCAUCCUCUGCAGGGUUUAAUCCUAGUAGUGUCUCAGAACUGCUUCUUUUUGCAAACCAUUUUGGUGCCAAUCGGCUGAGUGAAGCGUGCACCAAAUUCAUGUCACUUUGCCAGCGGCGUCCCGACAUCAGUCCUCAAAAUGCACCGCCAGCAGUUUCAUCACAGUGGAAGGGCUUUGAUGAUGGGAAUGUCCGUGGUUCCUCCAGUUCAGACAUGUCUAUAGAUGAGCCACAAGUUGAUCUUGGUGGAUCCAACGACAAAUCUACAAUUGGUGGAAGUGACUCUCAGAUCCACAGACUAAGCAACAGCCAAGGUUUAGUACAUGUUGCAUCCGAACCCAUCACAGAACAGAAACCUAAGCAAACCAUCCAACAGGCAGUAGAUAAACAAGAAACAGAAACAGAUGCGUCUCCUGCACCUGCUGUAGGAGGUGGUUCAAGGCGGUUGAGUGUGAAGGACAGGAUAAACAUGUUUGAGAGCCAGAAAAAGGAGCAGACCCCAAGUUCCGGUAACAGCAACUCAGCAGGUACUAGUAAGGUGGUUCCGGGGAAAGGUGAGCACCGCAGGGUUCCUUCUGGUGCAUCCAUGGAGAAGUUGGUAAGGAGGUGGAGCAGUGUUAGUGACAUGAGUAUUGAUCUAAGCAACAAUGACAGUAACAGCUUAAAUGACAAAAAAGAGAAUGGAACUUCUGUUGGGACCCCAACAUCUACUGAUCUGGAGGGUAACUCAAAAUUAAGAGCUGACAAGGACUCUAGUGGGCUGAAAGAUUCAGUCACUUCACAGUCUUGGCCAUGUCAAAAGGAUGACAUAUCAGUGGAGUCAACCACCACAAAUACUCGCUCGCCGUCAACUUUGAACGAUACUCCUGCUUCUCAUAAACAGACUAAAUCUCGUGCAGAAGAUGACAUGGUUAUAAACUCCAGCUUUGAGAGUGAGUCAUCCUUUGGAAAAGAACAGGGAGUUAUUCAAGGACAAUGUGACACAAAGAUGUCAGAUCAUGCUGCUCUGAAUGUUUCCACUCGAAACCGACUAAAGACUUCUCCAAAACUAGCUGAUGAUACCUCGCUGAAAGAUAAGGAUAUUUUAAAAACCAGCCCCUCGCCAGAGGAGCAUGUUUGCAUGAUAGAUAAGGAAAUCACAGUUGUUGCUCAUGAAGUGCUAGUUUCAAGCGAACAGAUUGGACAAAAUGAUACUAGAGGUCCUCGCCUCCGUACAAAAGAUAUUCACACUGAAGCAGAUAUGAAUGGAAAGAAGGAUCGGCCCUCUCAAAAAUUUGAAAAGAUAUCUGGUGGUGUUAAUCCUAGAUCAAAAGCACCAUCCAAUUCCCGUAUUAAUUUUAGAGGCUCAUCUGGUAGGGAGGAAACUGACUCUACAGAAACUGAAGGCCAUGAUGUUAGCUUGCAGCGGAAUUGCCUGCCACGGAAAGCAGAGGAUGUAGGGAGAAAGGUUGUGAUUGGCUCUGAUUCAGAUUGUUCUGGUCGCCAGGGAAAAAGUUUGAGCAGGCAAUCGUCCAAGGCUGAUCAGGAAUUGAAUUUGCAGGCUAGGGCGACGAGGCCAACAAAAGGGAAUCAAGAUCGACAUGAUCAACUGCAAAUGAAGGCCAAUGAGUUGGAGAAACUAUAUGCUGCACAUAAGCUAACUUCUUCUCGGAGAGGCAAGUCUACAGACAUCCAUGUUGACAACACACCUAUGAUAAGUGAGGUAAAGCCUGCACCGGUUCUUCCAGAGAAAAUUUAUACGAAGAAGAUUGUGAAAGAGAGUAUAACAACCAAUGAUUUUGAUUCCAAUGAGCUUCUGAAGAUGGUGAACAAUCAAGGGUAUAACAAUAGUAUACCACAAAAACUUGGCAUUCUCAGUUUACAAGAGUCGAGAGGGAAGUUCUAUGAGCAAUACAUGCAAAAGAGGGAUGCAAAACUAAAGGAAGACUGGAAACUGCAGAGAGAGGAGAAGGAGGCAAUGUUAAAGGCAAUGCAUGAGAACCUAGAACGAAGCAAGGCUGAGAUGCUAGCCAAAUUCGCCCGGUCUGCGGAUGUCCCUGACUCAGCUUAUGUUUCUCGUUGUUCUCAGAAGAUUCCUCCUUUGCAAUCAUCUAGAAAAAAUAAGGAUCAGGGAGUAGACUCAUACUUGGUAGAAGAGGAACCGAAUAGUGACUACCUAUCUGGUGACGGUUCUUCCAGGAGUGCUGAUUCCAGGAAGCAUUUUUCAAAUAAAGUUGCUUCCACCCAAAAGACAUCAGUUGCUCCUGUCUAUAAGCGUUCAUCAAGGACUGUAAGCUCUGGUUAUGCAAACCGCAGGAAUCCACCAGAAAAUCCUCUUGCACAGUCUGUCCCCAGUUUCUCCGACUUAAGAAAGGAAAAUACGAGGCCUGCACCUGGACUCAGCAGAGCGACUGCUAGGGUUCAGCAAAAAAGUUUUGCCCGUAGUAAGAGCAUUAUUGAAGGGUCAAAGAGUAUCUUGAAAGAAGAUCAAUCAAGGAGGGCACAAUCUAUGAGGAAGAGCCUAAUUCCUGAUGAAUCAAAGGACAUUUCAUCAGUGAAUGAGGACAUUUACAAUUGGGCUCCCUCAAGAAUCUCCAAGAAUCAAUCAGAGGGAGCUUUUGGUUAUAACACCCGUAGAACAGGUCCACCAAAGACUUUUCUUAGGAAAGGCAAUGGAACUCGCCCUGCUGUCGGUAUAGCUGGAUUUCAGGCAGCCAUGAUGGCGAAUGCCUUCCAGAAUGGUGACAGUGGCGAUUUUGAAGAUCAGCAAGUGGAUUCCCCUGAUGAUGCCAAAGAAGAGGAAGAAUAUGAAAGCAUUGAAGAGAAUCUUAGGGAAAGUGAUUUUCCUGUUGAUUCUGACAGUGAGAACCCAAGAAUGAGUCAUGAAUUCGGAAAUUCAGAUGAGCCAGGAUCAGAAAAUGGCGAUGUUAAUUUCCCAAGUGAAGCGCCCACACUUGGUGGUACCAAUUUCACUUCUUUUGCAGGAAAUAUGCAUGAUUCAACUGGUGAUCUUCCAGCACCCUGGAGCUCGCGUCUUCCACAACUAUUCCCUUAUGCGAAUGAUAACUCUGAUGGCGAUGCUUUUGCUGAUUCACCAUCCGGGAGUCCAUCACCAUGGAAUUCUCAUUCACUAGAUGAAAUAACAGAUGCUGAUGUUUCCCGGAUGCGGAAAAAGUGGGGCAGUGCACAGAUGCCUUUUGUUGGUGCCAAUGCAUCUCAACAGCAACGCAAAGACGUUUCCAAAGGAUUGAAGAAACUGUGGAAAUUUGGUAGGAAGAAUAGAGGUGGUGAUGGUUUAGUAAAUGAUUGGGUAUCCGCUUCCACUGCCUCAGAAUGUGAUGAUGACAUGGAAGAUGGCCGGGAUCUGGUAGUAGGAUCUUCUGAUGAUUUCAGAAAGUCUCGAAUGGGUUAUCUUGCUUCAUAUGAUGGUUUUGUUGAGCAUGAGGUUUUUGCCGAACAAGAGCAAUCUCUACGCAGCUCCAUUCCAAACCCCCCUGCAAAUUUCAGACUGAGGGAGGAUCAACUCACUGGAAGUUCUCUCAAAGCGCCACGUUCUUUCUUCUCCCUCUCAACAUUCCGAAGCAAGGGAGGUGAUGCCAGGCUCAGGUGAUCCUCAAAAGGCACCAGAGUUGGAGUGUAUAAAAUAUCUUCCAAAAUUAGGUAUGAGUAUCAAAUUUUCAUGGAUGGUACGCCGACGCUGCUAGCUUGUGAUAUAUAAAUAUAUAUUAUGUAUCUAUGGUAAUUCUUAUAAGCUGUCAGUUGAGCGUUUCCAUUGUUGUUGUUUGAUUAUUCUUUUUCUUAAUAUUCUUUUACCUCCUGUGUAGAAUUGGACUUUAAGAUCUUUUGCAAUCUUUUCUUUCAAUUGGCCCAGAAAUACUGUAUUUUUUCAUUGUUUUUGCGAUAUAUUUGUAUCUCCCUCUCCAUUUGUUUUGCCAUUCACAUAUAUCAGAAGUUCAAGAUAUAUGGUAAUUUUGCCAAUUAGAGCUGGAAAUUUUACUUCUGCAAGGCACACGCAAGUCAAGUUUGACUAUAUCUGUUUUUAUUGGUACAUUUGUUCUCAAACUUCGUCGAGCUUGUUCUCAACCGUCGUCUUAUUUACUUACACAGUUACUAGUGACUAGACUGUAUGAUAUCUUCGAUGUACAUAUGCUUCUACGAUUUCUGGAGCAUUUCAUGCAAUUAGAGCUCAAGCUCAUGUACUUUGUUUUCUUGAUGACCUGUAGCAAAUAGUAAU